AUGCAAAUGAUCAACACGUGGGUUGAAGCUGAGGAUGGGCGGGCCACGAGUGGGAAGGGAGGGAAGGUACCCACCGUACCGCCUCUGCCCUCUCACCAGCACCUGCAGGCUGCUGCUUCCAUUCCAUCCAAGCGGCCUGAUCAAAACGCACCCCUCUCCCUUCACCGCACUCCCUUCACCGCACUCCCUUCACCGCACUCCCUUCACCGCACUCCCUUCACCGCACUCCCUUCACCGCACUCCCUUCACCGCACUCCCUUCACCGCACUCCCUUCACCGCACUCCCUUCACCGCACUCCCUUCACCGCACUCCCUUCACCGCACUCCCUUCACCCCUCUCCCUUCACCGCACUCCCUUCACCGCACUCCCUUCACCGCACUCCCUUCACCGCACUCCCUUCACCGCACUCCCUUCACCGCACUCCCUUCACCCCUCUCCCUUCACCGCACUCCCUUCACCGCACUCCCUUCACCGCACUCCCUUCACCGCACUCCCUUCACCGCACUCCCUUCACCGCACUCCCUUCACCGCACUCCCUUCACCGCACUCCCCCUCCACUCAUCACACACCCCUUCUCUCCCCUCGUCACACCCCCUCCCUCUCCUCAUCACACGCCACUGCUCUCUCCCCUCAACAUAUACCCCCUCUCUCCACUCAAUGCAUAUCCCCCCUCUCUCCCCUCACUGCACUCCACCGCUCUCCCCUCACUGCACUCCACCGCUCUCCCCUCACUGCACUCCACCACUCUCCCCUCACUGCACUCCACCACUCUCCCCUCACUGCACUCCACCACUCUCCCCUCACUGCACUCCACCACUCUCCCCUCACUGCACUCCACCACUCUCCCCUCACUGCACUCUACCGCUCUCCCCUCACUGCACUCCACCACUCUCCCCUCACUGCACUCCACCACUCUCCCCUCACUGCACUCCACCACUCUCCCCUCACUGCACUCCACCGCUCUCCACUCACCUCAUUGCGCCAGCCAGUCACCACGCCUUGCUCGCGCAGCUGCUGCAGCACCUCUCCCACCGCCUCUGUGCGCUCAGCUGCCCCCGCUGCCUCCAGCCUCCCUGAAAACGAUAGCACUUUCCCAGCAGCAGCAGCAGCGCUGCCUCAACGCAUGCGAGCGGAUGGGGGACGAGAAAAGAGCGUGA